GGUCGCGGUGCAGUUGGUUGUCGUCCCCCGCCUGCAGGCCGCCUCUCGGGGACGGGUGGCGGCAGCUCUGCCCCUGGUCAUGUCUGGGACGGCCAGCGCCCCCGGGGAAGUGGGUACCGACGACUGCUUGUCGAACUACUCUUACAUUUUCAGCCCUGACAUCCUAAAGAACAAAGUUGCAUUCAUCACAGGAGGAGGAUCAGGCAUCGGAUUCCGAAUUGCAGAGAUCUUGAUGAGACAUGGAUGUCAGACUGUUAUCGCCAGCAGGAGCUUGGAGCGAGUGCAAGCAUCUGCUGCAAAGCUGAGUGCGGCCACCGGGCAGCACUGCCUCCCAGCAUCAGUGGACGUCAGGCAGCCUGAGACCAUUAUUGCUGCUGUGGAGGAGACACUGCAGGAGUUCGGGAAAGUUGACGUCCUGGUGAACAGUGCUGCAGGGAACUUCCUGUGCCCUGCCAGUGGGUUAUCAUUCAAUGCUUUCAAGACCGUCCUGGAGAUUGACACGAUCGGAACCUUCAACACCAGCAAAAUCCUGUAUCAGAAGUGGUUGAAGGACCAUGGUGGAGUUAUUGUGAACAUCACGGCUACACUGAGCUACAGGGGCCAGAUCCUGCAGGUCCACGCUGGCUCUGCCAAGGCUGCUAUAGAUGCAAUGACAAAGCACCUAGCAGUAGAAUGGGGACCUGACAACAUCCGUGUGAACAGUCUGGCACCAGGCCCCAUAUCUGGGACAGAAGGUUUUCGAAAAUUGGGUGGUUUGGCCAGGUCUGCAGCAGACUAUUACAAACUGAUUCCACUGCAGAGAGUUGGGACAAAGACAGAAAUAGCCCAUGGUGUGCUGUACCUUGUGAGCCCAGCAGCAUCGUAUGUGACUGGUACGUCACUCGUGAUCGAUGGUGGACAUUGGCUCAGCGGACCCAAUAACAUGUCGGCCAUGCAGGCGCUCUGGCAAACGUCGGCCAAGCUGUAAACCCACUGGAGCUGAGAAUUUUCAAAGGUGUAUCGCCUGUAGUGUUUCCAUGCUAAGGUAACAUAUGAAUGGCUUCAUGGUCUGUAGCAGGGUAUGCAGGAGUGUACACACACCCUCACCCAGCCUCUGCAUGGACAUCCUGAUCCAGACCUGUCACCGAUUGCUCUUGAGCAACCUGCCACUUUUGUGCCUGAAGCACUCUCAUGUCGUUCCCUCGGUCUGUCCUCAGAAAUGCCUCAGUGGAGAUCAGCUGAUCAGUAGCCAGUAAAUAAUCGUGAGUCUCUGCAACAUCCUCAUGUCAAUCACAUGGAGGCAUCCUCUGUGACUCAGUGCAAACUCUGGCCUCCUGUCAAUAAAACAUUUCUCCAAAUGA